AUGGUAAUUAUUAAUGGCGAACACCUUUACAACAACAUCGCUCUCAUUCUUACCACCCACAUCCGUGUGGCGAUCGAACAUGGGCGAAUGUUGGUUCCCCCUCAGCGCUCAAGUCUGUGGCGUGAACCGGCUUACUAUGGAAGAAUUGAUGUGUUCCGGAACUACAAUGACCAUACUCUCAACUGUGGGGGUUACUGGCGUUUGUUUGAAAACGAGGGCCGAUGUGGCGUUUGCGGGGAUUCCUGGGAUAGCGAACUUCCACGCCCAAACGAGGCAGGCGGAUUAUACGCACGAGGUAUCAUCUCACGCAAAUAUUCCACCGACCAGCGCUUCAUCUACUCUGUUAUCCAAGUCACGUCAUCUAUCGGAGGAUACUUUGAGUUCUAUAUUUGUCCAAAUGAUGACGUUACCAAGAGGGUAAGCAGAGCUUGCCUUGACGAACACCCGAUGCAGGUGUUCAGCCCGGACGAUAAACCUUUAGGAUACAGUUAUUUCCCAGAAAUUGGUGAAGGGAAUGCUGGGAUAGUGGAACUAAAGCUGGAAAUACCACGUGACCUAGAGUGCAACCAAUGCGUACUACAGUGGAGAUGGCAUGGUGCUAGCAACUAUGGGGUUUGCAAAAACGGUCGUUGGGCGAAGGGAUGUGGUAUCCAGCCGGAAAUAUACAACUGCGCAGAUAUUGCGAUUCUUCCGGAAGUCACCCAGAAAAAAACAACGAUGUCCGUUAGCCGCACACGCCCACAGACCACGACUGACCAACCUUCUACCACAAAACAACCAAUACCAGUGACCAGUGUUCAGACAUGGGUGCAGACGGUAAACAGUAGGCCGAUUUCAAGUAAAUCUUCGAAUGAAUCUACUAUUACAUCAGAACCAGAACCAAAAAUAGUUCACCGUACAACUUCUACCGACCCAACCAUAACCACCAUAACAUCAAAAUCGGUUUUGCUUGAUAGUAAUGGAAAACUAGCGACAAAAUCUACAAAUCGAUCGAUUGCAAAUACAGCAUCGAACAAAUCAACAAGUAAUACCUCUACCACAAAAUCAACUAAAACUAAGCAACCAAUUUCACAUUCAUUUAAUCACUCAAGUGAACAGACAACUUUGUUUAUACAACCUCGGAUUCCUAGUUCAACAUCGGACCAGUCCACAGCUACUACAACUAACAAACCCACUUCCACUAGUCAGUCAAUUAAAGUGACACUUGUUAGAACAGGGACACAGACGACAACAUUUAUAAAUAUACCUAUGACAAGUACGUCAUCGACAAAAUCAACAACAUUUUCUAUUUUGUCCAACACAUCCCCCGAGACUAAACCACAAAUACCAGUGACACUUGAAAACACCAGAGCACAGCAAACACCAUCUACCCAUCAGCCGAUUUCAAGAAACUCCUUGAAUGUAUCUAUAAUCGCUUCGGAACUAGAACCACUCAAAGAUGACCGUGAAAAGUCUACUGACACAUACUCAUUCACGAAGCAAUCAUCAUCAGUGACCAAAGAGUACACAGAUACACCAACAAGUACCUCUACGCUUCCAUUUAAAACAUUGGACCUAUCCACUAAUACCACGGAAGAAGAAUCGCUUGUCUUUGACACUACUACAUCAACUGGCACAUCAACUAGCACAUCAACUGGCACAUCUACUGGCACAUCAAUUAAUACAUCUACUGGCACAUCAAGUGGCACUUCAACUGGCACAUCUACUGGCACAUCAACUGGCACAUCUACUGGCACAUCGACUGGCACAUCAACUGGCAAUAAGCAAUCAUUGACUCGUAAUGUUUCGCAGACACUUGCAUCUGCAAGGCGGCCUAUUUUCAGGACAACAGAACCAAUGAUAUUGUCCCGUUCCGAAACAACUGACCUUCCAACAUCCAGUAUGCAAUCCAUACCUACGAGUUUUGAUAAUGCAGGUAGACAAACGAGUACAACUAUGUUUACGACGAACAUCCUCACAGGUAUAUCCACGUCAACCCCUAGCAUUGGUAGAACAAAGUCUUCACCACCUACAAAUUCAGACACUGUAAACGCUAAUCAUACAGAAACUGCUUCAUCCGUUUUGUUGAAUGAUAGUAAAAUAUCUUUAAGCAAUACAACGGCAGGAAAAAUGGUCGGUGAAAGUGAAAAUCAAAACGGAAUGACCACCGAAUCGCUUCCAAACACCAAUGGCUAUGAGGAUCUUAGUACAUCAGAUUAUUUUUAUAAUGAUAUUUCAACCGCAUAUAUUCCAAAAUCAAGAACGACACAUAACGUGUCUUCACAAUCUAUUGUCGAUACCACUGUACACAGCAAACACAUCACUACUGACAAAAGUACAUCGCUAACGGAAAACCCAUUUGACUCGGUUAACGUACGUCCCAAAACGAUGCCCAAUAGCCUUCGACAAGAUGUAACAACCGAUGCAUCUAAUGCAGUUGUUUCAAAUAUAACACAAGGUAUCGUUUCAGCUGAGGAGGGAACAACAUUUUUCUCUUUACUAAACACAUUCAAUAAGAUUUAUUUUUCAAAUGGAACUACCACCUCAACCAAUGCAGAAACAAUGUCUGCAUCACAUAUGUCUUCGACAGAAGUGCCUACCACAUACAAUACGUCGAUUCAGAGUAAUGCGACAGAGCCAAGUGAUUUUAUGAAUGAAACGGAUUCAGUGUUGGCCGUAGCAAUAAUGGCUGCUGAUAACGAAACGUCAAAUCAUAAGCUUACGGGGAUAAUCAACUCUAACGCAACAGAACAAAGUUUAGACAUUGUUGCCUCGAUGAAUACGACCAGACCAGCAAACGAAGGUGUAUAUAGUAAUGUGACAUAUCCAACAACAAAAGUGUUAGAUAGGGAGACACGACAAAAUGCAAGCGCAACAGCACGGGUGAUUCAUACCAACACUGAGAAGAGCACAAAUAAAAUACCACCAAAAAUUAAACCAACUAUUGGUACGGUGAGAAAAAUCCUUGAAGAACUUCAAGUAUUGAGACCGCUGCUCGUACAGCGAUUGGCGUCAACAAAGACCCAAAAUGCAAACAAAAUAAACAAAUCAGAUUCCGCUCCUUUAAUCACAAGGAUUCCAACAAGUUCCAAAGGACACAGUAGCGAAUUCAUAUCUAACUUCACGAUAAGCAAAGACCAACAAAAUUCAAAUGCACCAAAAGCAAUUGAAACUAUCUUAUCUCGUUUCAAAGCGUUAACUGACAAAGUAGGCAUCUCUGUAUCGCUAAACUCCAACGGUAGUGCAGAAAACUACAUUGCCGGUAUCACCUCAAAAAAUAAAACUGAAGUACAUAAUCUGAAUGAUGACGAUUCAACGAAAGAAAGGCUCAGCAGUGUUGUACAGGAAAUCUCUACUCCUCCCGUUGAUACAAAAAACAUUCUGAGUCGUCCUUUAGACACUGUAAAACAAGACAGCGAAGGGAACAUUAGUACAAUUAUCAACACUGGGUCCAGUCUAGAAGUGGGUACAACAAAAGCGACCACUGCUUUUACAUUAAACGGAAACACGUUCAAACCUUCCAGUGGAAUUUCAAUAGUUCCACAAAAACAAAACAAGACAACUGUCAGCGUCGCAUACAGCAUACCAUCCGCAGAAAAUGAUCUUUCCACUUCUACUAGAGUAAAAUCUAUUAAAAGCAACGGACGUGGCACGUCUGCUUUGAAAACCACGGGGUCACUACGAAAUAAAAAGAAGACAAGAAAACUUAAUGAGUACAUGCCAAUUUCGGGAUUAGUCAGUGGUAUCAAUGUUGCAACAUUGUUCCCCAUUGGAGACAAUUUCGAUAUCUACUUUGGAAGAAAUGGUGAGAAAGUCAAUUACAAAGAAUCGCAAUAA